UCGGCUGUCUCCAAGGAUGAUCUCUUCUGGGACAUUCAUCAACAUCUCCUUCUUCCAGCCACAGUCUUUUCUCAUGAUUGGCAUUCCAGGACUAGAGUUUGCCCAUGUCUGGAUCUCCAUCCCCUUCUCCUUCAUGUACACUGUGGCACUCACUGGAAACUGCCUCAUCCUCCUGGCUGUGAGGAGGACCCAUAGCCUACACCAGCCCAUGUACUACUUUCUGUCCAUGCUAGCCCUAAGUGACGUGGGUCUCAGCUUGUCCACAUUGCCCUCCACCCUGGCAGUGCUCUGGUUUGACUAUCGUUUCAUCGGCUUCAAUGCCUGUCUGAUCCAGAUGUUCUUUCUACACUCCUUCUCUGUGGUAGAGUCCUCGGUGCUCUUGGCCAUGUCAUUUGACCGCUUUGUGGCAAUCUCCAACCCCUUGCGCUAUGCAUCUGUCCUCACUAACAAUGUCAUCAUCAGNAUNGGNUUGGCCAUUNNANCNCGAGCCACCCUGUCCCUNUUNCCANUGCCCUUCUUGCUGAAGCGACUGAACUACUGCCCUGGCAAGAUCCUCCUAUCUCACUCAUUCUGUUUCCAUGCUGAUGUCAUGAAGCUGGCCUGUGCUGACAUUACUGUCAACAUCCUAUAUGGACUCUAUGUGGUUCUGUCCACAGUGGGUGUAGACUCCUUGCUUAUUGUCAUGUCUUAUUCCUUGAUUCUUCACACAGUCAUGGGGCUAGCCUCUCCCAGGGAGCGUGUCCGGACCCUCAACACAUGUGUUUCCCAUAUCUUGGCUGUCCUGGUCUUCUAUAUUCCAGUCAUAGGUGUGUCCAUGAUCCAUCGUUUUGGAAAGCACCUGCCUCACAUUGUCCAUGCCCUGGUUGCAUAUGUGUACCUUGUGGUGCCUCCUGUACUCAACCCCAUCAUCUACAGUGUCAAGUCUAAGCCCAUCAGGGGAGCCAUGUUCAGAGUGCUGAGAGGAAAAGACUAGACCUGAUGACAUUGGAUGCUCAUGAGACUUGGAGCC